AUGGCGCUCAAGACUCUGGGUCCAGAAAAGGCGGCAGAGCUGGAUAAAGAGCUCAUGAGCGAGGAGGGAGGAUUCAGCAUUGAUCAGUUGAUGGAACUUGCUGGAUUGAGUGUCUCACAGGCAGUGUACAAAGUCCACCCGCCCUCGAAAGGGAAGAAUAUCCUCGUCGCCUGCGGACCGGGCAACAACGGAGGAGACGGCCUCGUCUGUGCCCGCCACCUGCACCACUACGGCUACAGCCCGGAAAUCUACUAUCCCAAACCGACCAACGCGCCCAUCUUCACUGGCCUGCAGAAGCAACUCCGCCACCUACACAUCCCCUUCCUCACCACGACCGAGGAGUACAAGUCGUCUCUGGCCAAGGCCGACCUCGUCAUCGACGCCCUCUUCGGGUUCUCGUUCAAACCUCCCGUCCGCGCGCCCUUCGACACCGUUCUGCAAACCAUGAUCGAGUCCAAAAAGCCUGUCCUGAGCGUCGACAUACCCUCGUCGUGGGACGUGGCGUCCGGCCCCCCCGAGAAAGGACAGAUCGGACACGACUUCAUGCCCGAAUACCUGAUUAGCCUCACGGCCGCGAAACCCAGCGUCAAGUUCUUCAAGGGUAAGAAACAUUUCAUCGGCGGCCGCUUCUUGAGCAAGGAUGUCGCCGCCAAGUACGGCCUCGAUGUGCCGCACUAUCAGGGCAUCGAUCAGGUCGCAGAGGUCGACGUCGAUGCGCCCGUGGAAAAGUUGUGA